GGGAAAGUGUGUGCCGUAGAUCGCGUCGCGUCGCACUGUGUCCGCUGUGUCCGCUGUGUCGUGCUGUGGCUGUACUGUUACUGUAUCGUGCCUGCCGUCAGCCGUGCCGUGGCGAUUCUUCCGAGCCUUCUCGUUCGGAUACUGCCCAGCCAUGAUAGCUACCGCGAGCGCGUCUCCGUCGCGACGCGAGAGGCACGUCGCCGCGCCGCUCUAGCUUUAGGAGCUCGACCGACCGCAAGAUGCGAGAGGUCCGUUCUCGGGAGAGCAUCCUCACGUGAAAGUCAGCGUCGCAGAAUGGUGGUGGAUUAUUGCUUGUCGAUUCAAACCUCAGCAACUGCAGUAAGAAAGCAGGAGCGAAGGUUAGGUGGCACAGUGGGUGCAAAGAUGCAACCCAACAGUGGUGGAGGAUGUGGAAUGACACCCAAAGAGCUCUCCGACAAUGACGACUUGGCUACGUCCCUCGUGCUGGAUCCCUAUCUAGGAUUUACCACCCAUAAGAUGAAUAUCAGGUACAGACCAUUGAAGGCGAACAAGGAGGAACUGCGUAAAAUCAUCUGUGAAUUUAUUCAAACUCAAAACUAUGAGAAGGCAUACAAGAAAUUGAUGGGUGGAGACUGGGGCGCACGACUUCCCCACACAAAGUCUAAACAGCAGCAAAUCAAUCUGGAGAAUCACAUCAAGCGAUACUUGCGAGUUUUUGAUAAGGAUUCUGGCUUUGCCAUAGAGCCGUGCUAUAGAUAUAGCCUAGAAGGACAAAAAGGUGCUAAGAUAUGCGCCACAAAGAAAUGGAUGAAGCACGACAAAAUCUCUUGCCUCGUCGGUUGCAUAGCGGAGCUAAGUGAAAAGGAAGAAGCUGCGUUGCUGCAUCCUGGGAAAAAUGACUUCUCUGUGAUGUUUAGUUGUCGAAAGAAUUGUGCUCAGUUAUGGUUGGGACCGGCCGCAUAUAUAAAUCAUGACUGUAGAGCGAAUUGCAAGUUUGUGGCAACGGGAAGAGACACGGCAUGUGUCAAGGUAUUGCGCGAUAUCGAGGUGGGCGAGGAAAUCACAUGUUUCUAUGGAGAGGAUUUCUUUGGUGAUGGCAAUUGUUACUGCGAGUGCGAGACCUGCGAAAGGCGAGGGACUGGCACUUUUGCGAGCCAGAAGCCGGGCGAGGAGAUGUCGUCUGGCUAUCGUUUGAGAGAAACGGAUAAUCGAAUCAACCGAACUAAACAUCGACAGCAGCCAUUGAACAGGAAUAAACAGCAAGCCGAUACUGCUCUCACCGAGCGAAACGCGGUCCUGGUUGGAAAUGCGGCAGUUGCACCACAAUCUCUCAGCAUGAAGGAGCUGCGACGCAAAGGGCUUACCAAGUACGACGCUGAGCUAUUGAUCGCACAAGGCUGUCGUUUCUCGGAUAUCAAUCAGCAACAGCCAGCGAUCAACAACGGUGAAAAUAUGCUGCAGACUCGAGCGCAUCCCUCCGCGAUUGCAACUUCCGUCACGAGGAGUCUCCGUAACAAACAAAUGUGCAAGUUUGAUGGCAAUACCAGUGAUGGAAAUAUCAUCAAGAAUACUCAAUCGCUUAGAGCGUCCAGACUUCACAAGAGAACGGAAUCAAAGAAAGGAAAAAUCAACAUGAAGCCUGCAUUGCUCUGUCUCAACAAUCCCGCUGUGAAAGACAUGGAAGUGGCAGAUAUCGGUCAUCGAAAGGAGGAUUCUGAUAGAGAACCGGUUCACAAGGAAAAUUUAUAUUCACGAUUGCAAAAGCAUCAUUUGCCGAACGCGUCGGAGAUGGAUCGCGGUUUCCACAUGGAACAAACACGACAGCGUAUCGUGACGGAGGAAUCAAACGAAGAUGCUUGUCCGCUGCGACUGAUGGAGAUAGAAGACGCUGGUGAUGGCGAUUCGAUGGAAGACGAUCGGGGAAUACCGGAUCUCACCGCGGAAGUCGAUCCUGAGACAUUAGAUAAUGUUAAUUCUUCCAGUUACAAAAAGGGACAUUAUAGUACAAAUGCCUGUGAUUCAAUCCGAUUAAGUUCCACGUCUCAAGCCCAUGUACAACAACGCUUACGUACUGCAGAAUCUAAUCCCGAAGAUACGAACUAUCGCUCAAGGGAUUAUCAUUCUUUAUCGCCUAUGCGGCAUAAGGAAAGCGAAAACGCCCCUUGUAACACGAUUGAACAAGCGAAUUGCAUUAACAAACGUUCCAAGUCUCAUAGCAAACAACUUUCCUCGACGGAUGAGCAAGAUGAUCGUAAGACGCCCAACGAGGAGUCAUCUUACGAGUUUGAAGACGAUGAAUCGCCAUCGCCACUGAUUGAAGAAAAGAAAAUGUUGCAGGCCAACUUUCGAGAGAACGACAUCUUGCACGAGACGAACUCUCGGUCAGAUGACGAAUGCUGCGAUUUGAAUUCUACGAAAGUAAUUGUAGUGCAUGAUGUGGAGAAAGAAGAGGAGAGUGAAAGUUGCGAGAGUCCGAUCGCCGUCGACACGUCGGCGACGAGUCGCUCAGACAGUGUUGAGUUUUGUGGAUUGAACUCCGACGGAGUCAUAGAAGCGGAAGCUGAUACCGAAAAUAUUUUAAAAUGUUAUAAUAAUACAGUUUUGAAUCAGGAGGGAAAGCAGGACGUUGUGACAAAAAGUGAUACGUACGUCGCAAGUGUUGAGCCUGGCGUCAGAUCCGAAGUGGCAAUGUUAUGUGCAACGGAGAUGAACUCCAGAAUAAAUAUUAUAGAAGGAAAUAAUGCGAUGAUUUUUAGUAACGUACAGAUUACGAACUAUAAUAGUGAUCUGACGAGCCAUAUGAAUUUAGAAGACAAUCGCAAUUCCGCAUUGGUAAAAAAAUCGACAUCCAGGCUCUCGAAGUCGUCUCGUAAAUUGCAGAAGAGACUUUCGAACGCCAAAUCCAAGUUCGGAGUAUUGACAGAGGGUGUUCAGGACGAUUCGAAGAGUCACAGUAAGGGGAAGAGCAAGAACAAAUCUACCAAAAGUCAGAGAAGGGAUCGGCAGAGAUCGGCGACGGCCGAGAUAGGAGAGGCUGACGACGAUUCAGGUAUCCAAGGCGAUAUCUAUGAAUUUAGUGAAAAGGAAAGCAACCUGGAAGACAUUGGUAUACUGUCUAUAAUAAGACGAGGCAAGCACGAAUCUCGUCAUGCGUCCUCUUCCUCGAUAGCGGUGUCACCUGUGCAGGAGAUGCAAUGUAAUGACGAGUACAAUAAAGCUGAGCCACCGGUACUGAUUCCAGAAGAACCGUGGCCUCCGACCGUGGCUCAGAGCGAACAUGGCGUGGAAUCCAAUAGUGGUGUUCAGUCUAGAGAAAACUGUGAUGUUGAAAGGAGCUUGGAGCGAUUGACAUCCUAUGAGAACAAUAGUAGUACACGAAAAUCAAGCACGACCCCGUCCGAAUGUCAAUGGCGAACAAGCAAUCCGAGCAAUUGUCGAGUUUGUCCUGUCACGCCAGAAAGGACCAGCGGACGAUUGAAGCUGACGCUGCGCAUGAAGCGAUCACCCGUGCUGGACGAUAUCGUCGAGUCUGGCACCAGCGGUUUGAGCGAGGACAGCUACGAGCCGGAAUAUGAAGUGUUGCGUGUCGAGGGAUUGGAGAGGCGCAAACGCCGAAAGAAGCACAAGAGCAGGGAUCGCGAGAGACGGCAUAAGAAGUCGCGUGUAUUGAACUUGGAUCCGCCACCGCCGCCCAUGAAAAGAUUACGCUUGAUUCUCGGCAACGAGACUCGCACUAUCGAUUUAACGCAUUCUUAACAGCUAUAAUUCCACCUGCCUUCGCUCUCUCGACUUGCGCCCCCUGCCCUUCCAUCAUCAUGACGUGUAAUAUCGAUUUUAUUAUGAUAUAGACUAUCUUUUUAAACAUAAUUAAAAACGAAAGAUUAUCCAAGCCUCCUCGUCCUACGACAUGUGACAGCGAGUUCAUAUCGAACUUGAAGAUACUUUUCACAAUUGAACUUGAUUUAGUGGUAGAACUAGUAUCACUACUUUUCCUUCCUCUAUCUUUUUCAUUUUAUCUUUCAUCUCUAUCUUUCUAUCUCUUUCUCUCUUGUAGUUAUUUAAAUCUUUUAGCGGUAUAUGUCUUAUUCUUAUAACAACAACGAAUCUCUGAGGGCCUAUCGAGAUGUCGUAAGCGAGAAAACGCGUAGGUGGAAGAAGUUUUAAAUCGCGCACGUACACGUUUCUCCCAUGUAAAGUUAAAUACCGCGUAUAAAUCAGAACCACAAUAUGUGAAUAUACUUAUCCAAGCAGUUCCAAACGUGAAUACUUAUCCAGAGAUUAUUAAAGUGCUCUAGCGUACUAAACAAAUAAUUCCACUUAGUGAUUCAAUUGGAGCCAGGCCGAGUAUAUUAUUUUUCGAAA